AUGUACAUGUCGGUGAGGAAACCACCACUUUCUUCCGCAAAAGGAUCGGCAAAGCCCAACACGCUGCGCAAGAACGAUGCAGGGACGGCGGAACACACUGUGCAUGGUGUUGUGCCCUCUGUACCCAAGACCGUCCCCCCAUGCAAUUACGCACGUCGCAACAGUGGCAACCCAUUAAUGGGUAAUUCACAGCGUGGGAGCGCCUUGCCGUACCAGACCACCAACACACUAUUUUCGGGGAGUCUUCUGCAUGGCAAACUGAGUGAGCCGACAAGAAAUAGUACCAACCGCAACAACAGCAGCACUCACACUGGCGCCGUGCAUGAUAAUGAGGGCAGCAGCGGCCCUGUGGUUAGUGNCAGCAGCACUCACACUGGCGCCGUGCAUGAUAAUGAGGGCAGCAGCGGCCCUGUGGUUAGUGGCGAGGGACCGGGCAACGUUAAUGGUCGUGGUAUCGUAGGACGUCGACCGCCGAUGAAGACCAGCUUUAAGCGCAACGCGAGCGACAACGUGGCUGCCGUUCUUGGCGGCUCUACGCUCAUGAAUGGUGAUCGCUGGGGAAACGGUGGCACACGGAAGGUGUUCUCCGGCCCGCCGUCGACGCGUGCGCAGGCGAAUCACGGCGGGGAGGCACUUCCGCAGCGGCCGCACCCACCGGGCAGCGGCGGCCCGAAGGUGGGCGUACGCCCCAUUCAAUUCGCUUUGAACGCCAAUAGCACCCAGCGACUGACGCUGACGCCGAUGCCACCGCGACCCGCCCUCGCGUUUACGCAGCCGCGGAACGGUAUAGAAACAGUGCCACCAUUGCAGCGUCAAACAAGUGAGCGACAACAGGAGCCUCUAGACCCGUUUGGAACCACACAGACACUUAACGGCGUGGGGACUCAACUUGCAACGGACACCGAAGGUGACAGCGGGCUGUGGGGCAAGAGUUCUUCGUCGCCUUUUGCGCUAGCUUCUGUGAAGCUGCAGCAAUUGACCUCGCCGCGGAUGCCUCCGUCGCCUAAGUUUGCGUCGGAGACCUCCAUCGCGCCAGGGAGUCGCAGCAGUGUUCUCAGCAGAGUGGCGAGUGCUAGCAAGUUACCUGUUGGCGCUCCCAAUGAUACCACCGCUUCUGCAAACAAGAGUGGGCUCCAGUACGAGUUCCGCGUGGUAGCGAGCACAGGAAGGUCAUUCAACUCCCCCAUCAAGCUGGCAUCUGGUGUGGGUAGCCUCCAGGGCCUGCGUCCCACCAUGGAGGAUGAGCACUUUGUUCGGUUUAAUGCAGCGUCUGUUGCAGGGCAGUCAGUAUCGCUGAUGGGCAUUCUUGAUGGGCACUGCGGUCGCCGUGUGGCGGAACUGGCAGCGAGGCAAGUACCAGAUAACUUUAUUGCCCAUUCAGCACUUGGUGAGAACAACGCGUUAGCUUUUGUGGAGUCCAUCAUACAGGCAGACCGGGCAAUAUUCCAUGCGCUAGGCAAAGGCACGGUUGGUGGGCCCUGCCUUGGUUCUACCAGUAGUGGAGGUUCCACACUCAUCGCCGCCGCUGUUCACGGGCGGAUGUUGUAUGUGGCAUGUUUAGGUGAUGCUCGUGCGGUGCUCUACGAUGGUAGCACGACCAUCCCAAUGAGUGAGGAUCAUAAGCCUACCAAUAGGAAGGAGCACACACGUAUUCUUCAGUGUGGUGGCUUUGUGCAGUUUGGUAGGGUGUGCGGCAUCCUUGCGGUGAGUCGCGCGUUAGGGGACUAUGAAUUCAAAUUCAACGGCAAUCGAUUCAUUGCGAAUCGAGAACUGAUGGUGUCAAACGUAGCGGAUGUGCGUCAAAUCAAUUUGACAGAUUCGAGCAAAUUCCUCCUCAUGGCAUGUGAUGGUUUGUGGGAUGUUGUGGAGAAUGAAGAGGCCACGCAGUUUGUGCGCGACUUUUUGAGCUACACACCGGAUGUGGGCUCCUCGCCGGAGGCCACGAGGCGCGCUCUAAACAACUGCUGUCAGAAACUCGCCGAGUUCGCCGUGGAUCGCGGCAGCACGGACAACGUGUCUGUGAUGCUACUGUUCUUCCACAACGUCGCGGACGUUGUGGCGGGGUUUGAUAAACCGGUAGGAGCCGCCACGGCAUCUUCUCCCAGCCAUACGGUGUCACCGCGGCUCAGCUGCCCGAGUAGGGGUCUCGCUGUUGGUGGUGUGGCGCUCGAUGGAAGUGUGAACAAUAGCAGCAACGGCGGCGUUUCAGGGUCAAAGCGCGCAUCAUUCAACACAAGCUCUUCGUGGUACGGUCGAAGCCGCUCAAUGUGGUAA